UCGCGCGUUUCAUACUCUAAACCAUCUUUUAACGCCUUCCUCUGUUUCUCUCGUCUUCUCACAAUUCUCAGCAAUCUCCAGCAACAUGAUCUUCAUUGUUGCUAGAUACUGAUUUUUUGUGGGACUAUAUAUGUUGCUUUGGUCUCAAGUCUCUGUUUCUAUUCUAAAACCAGAACAAAUUUGAAGUUUUUCAAAUGCUAAAUUCGUCAGUAGUAAGAACUCAACGAAGAAACCCAAGACCUUUGUCUCUAGGAGAAAUGGAUUGCUUAGAACCGAAAACAAAGAACAAUCUCACUGGAAAGCUUCUCUUAGUAGCUUCUCUCCUAAUCUUAGCCGUUAUUGUGAUCAGUCAAUCUUCAAGUUUUACAUCUCCAAGCGCGUUUUCUCGAAGAGAGGAAGGAGUGACUCAUGUGCUAGUCACUGGUGGUGCUGGUUAUAUCGGGUCACAUGCUGCUUUAAGACUUCUUAGAGAUUCAUACCGCGUAACCAUUGUGGACAAUCUUUCGCGUGGGAAUCUUGGUGCGGUUAAGACUUUACAGCGAUUAUUUCCGCAAACGGGAAGACUUCAAUUCAUUUAUGCUGACUUAGGAGAUCCCAUAGCGGUCGAGAAAAUCUUCUCCGAGAACGCUUUUGACGCUGUGAUGCAUUUUGCUGCGGUAGCUUAUGUUGGAGAAAGCACUCUUUAUCCUCUUAAAUAUUACCAUAACAUUACAUCAAACACAUUAGGAGUUCUUGAAGCUAUGGCUAGACAUAAAGUGAAGAAAUUGAUAUAUUCUAGCACUUGUGCUACAUAUGGAGAGCCUGAAAAAAUGCCGAUUACCGAAGAUACUCCGCAGGUCCCGAUUAACCCUUACGGAAAAGCCAAAAAGAUGGCAGAGGAUAUGAUCUUGGAUUUCUCUAAGAACUCUGACAUGGCGGUUAUGAUCUUAAGAUACUUCAAUGUGAUUGGUUCAGAUCCAGGAGGUAGAUUAGGAGAAGCUCCAAGACCCGAGCUUCGCGAGCAAGGACGGAUUUCUGGUGCUUGUUUCGAUGCAGCUCGUGGUUUCAUUCCUGGAUUACAAGUGAAAGGAACAGAUUACAAAACAUCGGAUGGUACUUGCAUUAGAGAUUAUAUAGAUGUUACUGAUCUCGUGGAUGCUCACGUGAAGGCUCUCGUGAAAGCUCAGCCUCGAAAAGUCGGUAUCUACAAUGUUGGAACCGGAAAAGGAAGAUCGGUUAAAGAAUUCGUGGAGGCAUGUAAGAAGGCAACAGGAGUUGAGAUCAAAGUAGAUUUCUUGCCUCGACGACCAGGAGAUUACGCAGAAGUGUAUAGUGACCCGACAAAGAUUUUGAAAGAUUUGAAUUGGACUGCUCGAUUUACUAAUCUUCAAGAUAGUCUUCAAGUUGCUUGGAGGUGGCAAAAGCUUCAUCCUCAUGGAUAUGCUUCUUAUUAAUAAAACAAAGCAAACAAUAUCAUCACCUUAAAGAGCUAUUCUUGUUUUUAAUUUCGUUUCUAAAAUCUGGCAUAGUGUUGAUGUCAAAAACAAAAUGGCUUUAAUGUUUUGAGGGCUUA